AUGCAGGUUCGUUCGCGUAGUUUCAACGGUCACGUGGACGGGCCCGUGUCGCCUCUGGCCGCGUCGCCCGUUCUCGUGUCACCUCUCUCCGCGCGGUUCGAACCAUCGCGUCGCAAUGAGUUUUCGCGCCGCGACGAUUCAAUUGGAAGUGCGACCGGCAUUUACGCUCACGCUCACACUUUCACGUCGGCUAAUCCUCCCCUCUCCUCCUCCGGACCGCGCUCCGCGUCGCUCGAGCGCAGCCCCGAAAGCUACGGCGUGGAGAGCGCCGUGAGCAACGCCGACAUGUACGCUUUCUGCCCGCUCGCCGUCGCGAGCAGCACCCCCGGCCGCCGCCCUCCCCGCAGGGGGCCCGGCGGAAGCGGGAGCUUUUCCGGCCGUUACGCGCGCUCCCCUUCACCGCAGCGCGCCGCGGCCCCAGCUGCGCCGGUCGAGCCCCUCCGUCUCGGCCCGCUAAUCUCGGCAAUUGGUCAAGCUGACGUCACCGCGAUCCGCGACGCGGUGAAGGCGGUGCGGGCGGCGAUUAAGGCGACACCGGAGAAUAAGAAGCGGUUGAUUCAAGCCGGCGGGGUUCAGUUCCUGAUUAAUCUCGUCGCCGAGUCGCCUGACGGCGACACGGUGGAGCACGCGGUGACUGUUCUGUACAACGUGUGUCGCGAGGAAGGCGGGCGCGACGCGAUUGUUAGCGGCGCGGAGGGUGGGCUGGAGGCGCUGGUUAAGGCGCUUCGGGCGGAAAAAGCAGCGGCGCGGGAGAACGCGGCGGCUGCGCUUUUCUGCCUUGCUUGGGGCAUUCAGACCGUCAGUGGCAACGUGAAAGGCGGAAGGGGGUCAAGGGGGCCGUCGCCGUCGCGCCCGGCCAGGGGCCGAUCCACGUCAGUCGGCGCUAUUUCCACGUCACCAGCGGUAUCCGCCAGGUCAUCGCCACACACCCCGUCCAUCCCCCCCUCCCCAAGCUUAAAAUCCCCCACGGCAUCAACCGCGCUGAUGCGCUCCCCCUACGACUCAAGGGAAUUCUCAGGUGUUUUUUCAGGUGCCGGCAACAGUCCUGAGGGUCCAGCGCAAGCAGCAGCAGGGCUUACCGACGCCUCAUCCGGGGCAGGAGAAGCAGCAACAGAGGCUGUCACAGCAGGAGAGCCGGCAGCUGCUACAGCCAGGACGGAGGCUACAGCAGGCGCUGCGGGUGCUACAGCCGGGGCGGCGGAUGCUACAGCCGGUGGUGCCGACGCUACGGCGGAUGGGGAGCAGGGUAAACGGGACACUAUGCCCCCACAGUCAUCCACACCUUCCGCAGAAGCAGCCGCUCAAAAGGCCCGGGAGCAGCUAGCAGAAAUUAAACUGCGAAUCGGGAAGGCUGGAGCCAUCCCCGCCCUGGUAGAAAUUUUCCUGUCGGGCAGCUCACGGGGGAAAAUCGACGCGGUGCUGGCGGUUCUCGCUUUGCUAAGUGGCGGCGACCACCACCGGGAGUUGCUACAGGAGUUUUUAAACACCGGUGGGUUGAAUAUUCUUUUAAAUAUGGUUCAGGAACCGAACGAGGAUUUGGAGAAUCGAGCUAUGGCGUUAGUUUCGUUCAUUGCGUGCUCUUCGAUGGGUAGGCAUGCGAUCAAGGAGGCGAAAUCCGCGAACGGUAACGGAGGGUUGGAAGUAAUCGCAGACGUGCUGGAUUUAACGACUUCGCAGAAAGCCAGGCAGGAAGCUGUAAGCGCGCUGCUGCUGCUGGCGAGGCAUGAUGAGGAGGCGAGGAGGGUGAUUGGUCGCGAAGGGGUUGUGCCUGCGUUGCAUAGGGUUACCCGCGAGGCGAAGGGCUCUGCAGGGGACAAGGCGAAGGAAUUACUCGUCUUGUUGCGAGAGCAGUCCGCUUCUGGGCAGUUGCAGGCAGCAGCUUGA